AUGGGGUCUUCUUCCGAUCAAAGAAAGAUAGCACUACGAAGCUCGGAAGGCGAGCUGUUCGAGAUAUCGGAAUCGGCGGCAGUACUAUCGAACACGUUGAAGAACAAAUGCAGCAUCCCUCUCCAAGACAUCCGGAGCAAAACCCUAAAAGACGUGAUCGCGUACCUUAAAGAACACGCGCGCGCCUCCGUAUCGGACGAGAAGAAGAGAAAGUUCGACAAGAAGUUUGUUUCGGACAAGGAUAUUCAAGCGCUUUUCGAUAUUCUAAUGGCGGCCGACCACCUCAAUAUUAAGGGCUUGCAAGAAAUCGUCACCAAGAAGAUUAACGAGAUAAUGGAGCAUAAAAACGUCGAAGAGCCCGCGAAGAAAACGUGGGCGGUUGAGUGGAAAGCGUUUCUAACGAGGAAAAAGAAUAGGGGCAAAGUCGUCAAGUCGAGCGGGAGCAAGGUCGGCCUUUUGAAGAUGCUGAUGAAAUCGAAAUCUGAGUUCGGGUUUUAG